GACCAAGUACUGUACAGCAUUAUUAAGCAAUUUUGUUUUGUUUCGUUCGAUUUAAGUCUUUAAAGAAGAAACAAUGAACGCAAAAUACAUAAUAUUUAUAUGUUUUGCAAUGAAUUACUUAGCAAUUCUAAGUGUUGCCAACGACGAUAAGAAGAAAGAGCUUUCGAGAUUUUAUCCGCUAACACUAAACGUGUACAACGAAUUAAGAAAGUUUUUCGAACUUGAUACUGAAGACAAUCUUUUUGAGCAUGCAUUAGUCGUGCUUUGGAGUGACACAGAUUAUAACGUAGAAACUUAUUUAUCUCUAGCAGAUAUUGCCACUAUGAAAGAAAAAGGCAUAAGUGUAGAUCACUUUGGGAAAAUUAACUGGGAAAUUUGUAAAAGAAAUGACCAAGACUAUGAAACAUGUAUGAAUCAACGAUUAUUGUCUAUGAAGACUAAAAUUCAAAACGUGAUAGAUGCUGAUGAACGUGAUAGAUGCCAAACGACCCAAAAUCAAAACAUGAUGAAUGCUGAUGAACGUAUUAGAUGCCAAAUGCUUUCGACAUUUUCUCUGCUAACACUAAACGUGUACAACGAAUUAAGAAAGUUUUUCGAACUUGUUACCGAAGAGAAUCUUUCUGUGCAUGCAUUACACGUGCUUUGGAGUAACACAGAUUAUAACGUAGAAACUUAUUUAUCUCCAGCGGAUAUUGCCACUAUAAAAGAAAAAGGCAUAAGUGUAGAACACUUUGGGAAAACUAACUGGGAAUUUUGUAAAAGCAAUGACCAAGACUAUGAACCAUGUAUGAAUCAACGGUUAUCGUUUAUGCAGAACCUAAAUCAAAAGAUGAUAGAGGCUAAUAAACAUGUUAUAUGCCAAACGGUUAUACAAUCCGUUUUCGAUGAAUUAUUAGAGCUCUUAGUAGGUCCUAAUCUUCAGAAAGUACUUGUGAACCAAUUAACCAAGCUUUGGCCUGACAAUGGUGCAACUAUGAAAGCUAAUUUCACAUCCGAUGAAUUGAUACGAAUGAAUCGAGAGGGCAUAGAUAUAAAAAGAUUUGAGGAAAUCACUAGGAAAAUUUACAAAACAGACUAUGUAAAAUCCAUGACUGAACGGUUUUUGUUUAUAAAAGCCCAAAACAAACCAAUUAAGCAAGCUCUAAGAUUGUAA